UAGCUUCCCAGAGCGGCCCUGACGGCCCCUCAGACCCAGACGGUCGGCUGACGUCACUUCCGGGUCGGUUCCGAUUGGCGGGGCGGGAGGGCCGAACGGGCCAGGUUGGGCUGCCGAGCUGCUCGGCGGCGGUGAGGCCAAAUAGGUGCAUCAUGUAUAUCUAAUCCGAGAGUCUCGUGCUUCUGCUAAGGUGAAUGAGUAUUGUCAUUCUCCUCCUGAAUGACACAGCUUAGCAUGCCAGAGAAGAGGAGGGGGAUAGACAGCCUGAGGGCAGCAGGCAGUACAGCACCUGAGUACCCAGGUCUUGCCCACUGCCCUGGAAAGCCCAAGACUCAGGCAAUGGCAGCCUUGUUCCUGUCUGCCCCACCCCAGCCCACUCUGGACUACAUCUGGGCUGCAGCAGUCCCUGUCAUUCCAGACCGAGGUGACCUUCGAGGACGUGGCUGUGCUCCUCUCCCGGGAGGAAUGGGGCCGCCUGGGCCCUGCUCAAAGGGGCCUCUACAGGGAUGUGAUGCUGGAGACCUACGGGAACUUAGUCUCACUGGGAGUAGGACCUGCAGGCCCCAAGCCUGGAGUGAUCUCACAGUUGGAGCGAGGGGAUGAGCCCUGGGUCCUGGAUGUGCAGGGCACUUCUGGGAGAGAGUACCUGAGAGUCAACAGCCCAGCUCUUGGGACCAGCACUGAGUACAAGGAGCUGACUUCACGGGAGACAUUUGAUGAGGAAGAACUGGGCCAUCUGAGGGGGAUUUUUCCCCAGGGAUCUGAGCCAGUAGAUGCUUCUAAUCGUGCCAGGAAGCCAGAGGGGAGCCUGGAAAAGCUAGUGGAGCAAAACAGGCCAGUCACACUGACCAAAGGGGAGAGCAGCAGAGAGUCUGGGGAAAGCCUCAGGUUGGUGUCAAGACCUGUUCCCGACCAGAGACCCCACAAAUGUGAUAUAUGUGAGCAAAGUUUUGAACAGAGAUCAUAUCUCAACAACCAUAAGCGUGUACACAGGUCAAAAAAAACAAAUGCAAUUCGUGAUUCUGGGGAAAUCUUCAGUGCAAACUUAGUUGUUAAAGAAGAUCAGAAAAUUCCUACUGGGAAAAAAUUGCAUUAUUGUAGUUACUGUGGGAAAACAUUCAGGUACAGUGCCAACCUUGUCAAGCAUCAGCGGCUUCACAGUGAAGAGAAGCCCUACAAAUGUGAUGAGUGUGGAAAAGCCUUCAGCCAGAGCUGUGAGUUCAUCAAUCACCGAAGGAUGCACUCAGGAGAGAUUCCCUACCGGUGUGAUGAAUGUGGAAAGACAUUCAAUCGGAGGCCCAACCUCAUGAAGCAUCAAAGGAUUCACACCGGGGAGAAACCCUACAAGUGUGGUGAGUGUGGGAAACACUUCAGUGCCUACUCUUCCCUUAUUUAUCACCAGAGAAUCCACACUGGAGAGAAACCCUAUAAAUGUCAUGACUGUGGGAAAGCCUUCAGCGAUGGCUCAAUCCUCAUCCGACAUCGUCGGACUCACACUGGAGAGAAGCCAUUUGAGUGUAAGGAAUGUGGCAAAGGCUUUACCCAAAGCUCUAACCUCAUCCAACAUCAGAGAAUUCAUACUGGAGAGAAACCCUACAAAUGUAAUGAAUGUGAGAAAGCUUUCAUUCAAAAAACCAAACUUGUUGAACAUCAGAGAAGCCACACUGGAGAGAAGCCCUAUGAAUGUAAUGACUGUGGCAAAGUUUUCAGCCAGAGCACACACCUCAUCCAACAUCAGAGAAUCCACACAGGAGAGAAGCCCUACAAGUGCAGCGAGUGUGGGAAGGCCUUCCACAACAGUUCCAGACUCAUUCACCACCAAAGGUCACACCAUGGAGAGAAACCUUACAAAUGCAGUGAUUGCAAGAAAGCCUUCAGCCAGAGCACUUACUUGAUCCAGCACCGGAGGAUCCACACCGGAGAGAAACCCUACAAGUGCAGUGAGUGUGGGAAGGCCUUCCGGCACAGUUCCAACAUGUGUCAGCAUCAGAGGAUUCACCUCCGGGAGGACUUCUCCAUGUAACGGGAGCAGUGUCUGAGGGCAGAUUCCAGUUGAGUGCUUCCUGCAUGCGCCCCCAGCACCUGACUCUGCCCUUUAUUGAUUAUCCACACAAUGUUUUCACAGGGUGAAAGAGCAUUUCUAAUUAAAGAAACCCCUUUUCUUACGUCAAAA